AGCAAAGCUCUCCAGGCAGAGUCUGCUGAGAUCACACCCCACCCCACCCCCUCCAGUCUGCUCGGCUGUGAGCUGCCUGCUGCGUUCUCGCUACCGCUGGGAGGGCAGUCUUUCUGAGAGGGGAGCCAGGAACCAGAAGGAAUGACCCCUGGGAGCCUCGGACCUCCUCCUCAAAAGGUGGUGAUGUUCAAGGAUGUAGCUGUGGACUUCAGCCAGGAAGAGUGGGGGCUCUUGGACCCCUCUCAGAAGGAGCUGUACAAGGAAGUCAUGGUGGAGAAUGCCCAGAACUUGCUCUCCCUGGGGCUUCCAGUUCUCAGAGAAGAGGUGAUCUCUUAUUUUGAGCAAAGGGAAGCAUCAUGGAUAUUGGCCCAAGAAGGCCUCAGGAGCUACUCUCCAGAAAUAAAAGAAACUACAGCAGAGCAAAGCCAUUCUGUGGUCGAAACUCACAAGCAAAGAUUCAUAGGUGAUGGCCCCUAUGAUUUUACUUGGAGAGAAAAUUGUGCAUCACAUCAGAGAAUCCAGAUUAGAGAGAGAGAUUACGUAGGUAACCAAUGUGGAAAAGGUUUUACAAAAAAGGAAAAUCUUAUUGGACAUCAGAGAAUCCACACUGGAGAGAAACUUCAUGUAUGUAACCAGUGUGGAAAGGCUUUUAGAGAAAAAGGAGAUCUUAUUACACAUCAGAGAAUUCACACAGGAGAAAAACCUUAUGAAUGUAGCCAGUGUGGAAAAGCUUUUAGAAAAAAGGGAGCUCUUGUUACACAUCAGAGAACCCACACUGGAGAGAAACCUUAUGAAUGCAACCAGUGUGGAAAGGCUUUUACACAAAAGGGACAUCUUCCUGUACAUCAGAGAAUCCACACUGGAGAGAAACCUUAUGAAUGUAACCAGUGUGGAAAGGCCUUUAGAGAAAAGGGAGCUCUUAUUAGACAUCAGAGAAUCCACAAAGAAGAGAAACCUUAUGAGUGUAACCAGUGUGGAAAGGCCUUUAGGGAAACGGGAGCUCUUAUUAAACAUCAGAGAAUCCACAAAGAAGAGAAACCUUAUGAAUGUAACCAGUGUGGAAAGACUUUUAGACAAAAGGGAGCUCUUAUUACACAUCAGAGAAUCCACACAGGAGAGAAACCUUAUGAAUGUAACCACUGUGGAAAGGCCUUUAGAGAAAAGGGAGAUCUUAUUAGACAUCAGAGAAUCCACAAAGAAGAGAAACCUUAUAAAUGUAACCACUGUGGAAAGGCCUUUAGAGAAAAGAGAGCUCUUAUUACACAUGAGAGAAUCCACACAGGAGAGAAACCUUAUGAAUGUAACCAAUGUGGAAAGGCCUUUAGAGAAAAGGGAGCUCUUAUUAGACAUCAGAGAAUCCACAACGAAGAGAAACCUUAUGAAUGUAAUCAGUGUGGAAAAGCUUUUAGAAAGAAGGAAUCUCUUAUUACACAUCACAGAACCCACACUGGAGAGAAACCUUAUGAAUGUAACCAGUGUGGAAAGGCUUUUAGACAAAAGGGAGCACUUAUUGGACACCAGAGAACCCACACAGGAGAGAAACCUUAUGAAUGUAACCACUGUGAAAAGACUUUUAGCGAAAAGAGAACUCUUAAUAGACACCACAGAAUCCACACAGGAGAGAAACCUUAUGAAUGUAACCAGUGUGGAAAGGCUUUUCGAAAUAAGGGAGCUCUUGUUAUACAUCAGAGAAUCCACAAAGAAGAGAAACCUUAUGAAUGUAACCAGUGUGGAAAGGCCUUUAGAGAAAAGGGAGCUCUUAUUAGACAUCAGAGAAUCCACAAAGGAGAGAAACCUUAUGAAUGUAACCAGUGUGGAAAGGCCUUUAGAGAAAAGAGAGCUCUUGUUACACAUCAGAGAACCCACACUGGAGAGAAAUCUUAUGAAUGUAACCAGUGUGGAAAAGCUUUUAGAAAGAAGGAAUCUCUUAUUAUACAUCAGAGAACCCACACUGGAGAGAAACCUUAUGAAUGUAACCAGUGCGGAAAAGCUUUUAGAAAGAAGGAAUCUCUUAUUACACAUCAGAGAACCCACACUGGAGAGAAACCUUUUGAAUGUAACCAGUGUAAAAAGGCUUUUAGAGAAAAGAGAACUCUUAAUAGACAUCACAGAAUACACACAGGAGAGAAACCUUAUGAAUGUAAGCAAUGUGGAAAAGUUUUUAGGUAUAAAGAUAGUCUUACUGUACAUCAGAGAAUCCACACAGGAAAGCAGCCUUAUGAAUAUAAGCAAUAUGGAAAGGCUUUUAGAGAAAAGGGAGUUCUUAUUGGAUCAGAGAACCCACAUGGGAGAGAAACCUUUUGAAUGUAACCACUGUGGAAUGGCCUCUAGACAAAAGAGAGUUCUAAUUGGACAUCAGAGAACUCACACUGGAGAGAAACCUUAUGAAUGUAACCAGUGUGGAAAGGUUUUUAGAGAAAAGGGAGCUCUUAAAGCACAUCAGAGAAUCCACUUUGGAGAGAAAUCUUAUGAAUGUAAACAGUGUGGAAAAGAUUUUAGAAAAAAGGGAGUUCUUAUUGAACAUCAGAGAAUCCACACUGCA